GUGCCGAUGAUAAUAAUCGUCCAGGGGACACCAUGUCAGGGGUCACUCGUAAACAGGAAUAGAAUCCGCAUUUGUCUACAGACCGCCUAGCGAGUGGUCCAACAUGGAUGGGAAGUUUUUCAGUGUUUUAUUAGUGACUUUUCAUUGUUUUCCGAUCUAUCGGCUGGAAUUAUCAGAGAACUUCAUCAGCAAACAAGAUGUCAAUUCAACUUCGACAGACACUCCUAUGAAAUCUCGCACCCUAUAUGACUAUCAAACACGAACAGUAGCUUUCAAAGAUCUCGUAGAAUCCCGCUGUAUACUAGAAAACCUCAAUGGAGGCGAAAGUAUUAUUGCUAAGUGGAAUGCAAACGGAAGAAAAGAUAGUAUAUCAAAGGACUUUCUCCAUAAUGAAUUAUUAUCAAAACGUCAGAUAUGGCGACUGGGAGGAGAACGUAUCUCGGAGUUCUGCAGAGGUUUUCCCACCUACUUGAUCAAAAACCAAGCAGACAUCGACUUCAACACAUACAUAAACGAUUUACCCAACGUUAUUGACAAAAGCAGAAACAAGAGAUCUCCAAAUAGUCACUAUUUUAAAGGCAGAGUCAGAGGACAAACUCAAUCGCAGUAUCUGAGCUUCGGGAAAGCUGAUCAACCCGGAAAAGCUGAAGCAGAAUCAACUUAUGAAGGAUCCAAAGCCGUAGUUACUGGAAAUUCGGGAAUGGGCCAAGCGCAAAGUCAAAGUCUCCCAUUCGGCUGCGAUGAUUGUCCUGGCGCAGGACGUGAUCAAGAACAGAUCAUUGAAAUUCAAGGACGCCCAAGUGGAAAGUAUCCUGAACCAAUAGUACAACAACCUUUUCAACCAGGGUAUCCAGGAACUAUAGGACAAACUGGAGAAGUUAGUGGUAGACCCGGGCAAGUAGGUCCUGUAGGAUGGCCUGGACAAGGUGAACAAAUUGGUGGAAGACUUGGGCAAACAGGAAGUGGACAAGUUGGUGGAAAACCUGGUCAAGUUGGUGGUACUGGAGGAUGGCCUGAACAAGGAGGAGUCGGAGGCUGGCCAGGUCAAAUAACAAGACCUGGGCAAACAAGUGGACGACCUGGACAAACUGGAGGAUGGCCUGGGCAAAUAGAAGGAACUGGACAAAUUAGACAACCUGGACAAAUAGGAGGACCUGGACAAAUAGGAGGACCUGGACAAAUAGGAACAUCUGGACCAAUAGGAGGACCUGGACAAAUAGGAGGACCUGGACAAAUAGGAGGACCUGGACAAAUAGGAGGACCUGGACAAAUAGGAGGACCUGGACAAAUAGGAGGACCUGGACAAAUAGGAGGACCUGGACCAAUAGGAAGACCUGAACAAAUAGGAAGACCUGGACAAAUAGGAGGACCUGGACAAAUAGGAGGACCUGGACAAAUAGGAGAACCUGGACAAAUAAGAACACCUGGACAAAUAGGAAGACCUGGACAAAUAGGAAGACCUGGACAAAUAGGUGGAUCUGGACAAAUCGGAAGACCUGGACUAGGAGGAGGUUCUGGAGGAGCGACAGGACCUGGACAAAUAGGAGGAACCGGGCAAAUAAGGGGGCCUGGACAAAUCGGAGGGCCUGGACAAAUCGGAGGGCAUGGACAAAUCGGAGGACCCGGACAAAUAGGGAGCCCUGGACAAAUAGGGGGCCCGGGACAAAUAGGGGGCCAUGAACAAAUAGGAGGCCCUGGUCAAAUAGGAGCACCUGGACAAACUGAAGGUUGGCCUGGGCAAACAGGAGGACCUGUGCAAACAGGAAGACCCGGGCAAAUAGGUGGUCCUGAACAAACGGUAGUAUGGCCUGAUCAAAGAGGAGGAGGACCUCCCCAAACUGGAGGAUGGCCUUUUCAAACUGGUGGAAGACCCGACCAAACAGGAAGUUGGCCUGGUCAAAUCGGGGGAGGAUCAGAACAAACUGGAGGUUGGCAAAGUCAAACGGGAGAUGGAUCAGGACAAACUGGAGGAGGAAGAUUCGGAGGGAAAUUAAGUGGAGAUUUUCAAAAUCAACAAGGUAAUUACGGCCGUUUUCAAGGUCAAUUUUCCGGUGAAUACGAAGCUUACGGUCCUAGAGGGGGACCAGGGCAAGUUGGUGGAUGGCCAGCACAAGUUGGAGGUCCAGGACAAGUAGGUGGGCGGCCAGAACAAACAAUGGGUCCAGGACAUGUGGGAGAUUCCGGACAAAUUGGAGGUGCAGGACAAGUAGGAGGUCCAGGACAAACAGGAGGAUGGCCAGGACAAGUAGGAGGUCCUGUACAAACUGGAGGAUGGCCUGGACAAACUGAAGGAUGGCCAGGACAAGUAGGAGGUCCUAGACAAACAGGAGGAUGGCCAGGGCAAGAAGGAAGUGCUGGACAAACUGGAGGAUGGCCAGAACAAACAGGAGGUCCAGGACAAGUAGACGGACGACCAGGGCAAAUAGUGCGUCCAGGACAAAUAGUGCGUCCAGGACAAGUAGAAGGUACAGAACAAGUAGGAGGUCCUGGACAAACUGGAGGAUGGCCAGGACAAGUAAGAGGUCCUGGAGAAACUGGACAAUAUCCUGGACAAAUAGGAGGUCCAGACCAAAAUAGAAUUCCUGGACAAACUGGAGGAUGGCCUGGACAAGUAGGUGGCCUGGGGCAAAUAGGAGGUCCCGGACAAACUGGAGGAUGGCCUGGACAAAUAGGAGGUGAAGGACAAGCUGGAGGCCCCGGACAAACAGGAGGCUGGCCAGGUCAAUCAGGAGGUACGGGGCAAGUAGGAGGUCAAGGACAAACAGCAGGUCCUGGACAAACAGGUUCUAGACAAACAGGGGGAUGGCCAGGACAAGCGGGAGGUACAGGGCAAAUUGGAGGUCCCGGACAAGUAGGAGGGCAAGGACAAAUAGGAGGCACUGGGCAAACAGGUGGAUGGCCAGGACAAGCUGGAGGUCCAGGACAAUCAGGCGGUUGGCCAGGUCAAGUAGGAGGUCAGAGGCAAACUGGAGGAUGGCCGGGACAAGUUGGAGGGCCAGGACAAGUUGGAGGUCCAGGACAAAUAGGAGGUGGAACAGAACAAAUUGGAGGUGGUCCAGGACAAAUUGGAAGUAUUCCAGGACAAAUUGGAGGUGUUCCAGGACAAAUUGGAGGUGGUACAUCAGGACAAAUAGGAGGUUAUGGAUCAGGACAAGUCGGUCAGUAUGUAGACGGCCGAUAUACAGAACGAGACGACGCGGAUUCCCAAGUACAAACAUCAGCGCAUCAAUCCGAAAAUGGUACAACAGCACAAGCUCAGGCGCAAGGAACCUACCUCGGAGGAACGGCACAAUCUCAAGUAUCAGGAACCUAUACUGGAUCCGGAUCAUUUAGCGCUUCAGCCGGUUCUGAUGAUGGAAAACGUGGCGCCCAAACUCAAGUAGAGGGUGGUAAAGAUGGCGCUCAAAGCUCGGCACAAGGUCGCGGAGGAUCUGGACAAACGCAGGCACAAGUGGUAUUAUCUUCCGAAACCGGACAAACGAUAGCAUCUUCGCAGAGCGGUGGUACGACGCAUGGAACACAAUCGCAAGUUCAGGCAUCAGAAAAAGGAGGAUUAGCUGAUGCGCAGUCCAAUGGACCAGGAAAUACUUCUUCUCAAGCGCAAAUCGGUUUCUUACCUUAUGAUGAAAACGAUGCAGAUAAUCAAACUGGGCCAUUUAGAGGAGGAGGUACAGCUGGAGCUCAAAGUGGAUCUGUUGCGGGAAUGUCGCAAUCACAAGUUCAAGGUAAAUUCAAGUACGGAGUUAAAUAUACGGGCGCAGCACAAGCAGCUUCAGGGGGAGCGAGUUUUGGACAAAAUUAUACUAGAGCAGGACCCUUCAAACCGACAGCAAUAAACUUUAACAUAGCUAAAGAUAAAAUUACUCAAAGCCAAGCCGAACGUGCGUCAGUUUCUAGGAAAUUGGCGUCAAAUUAUCCAGCCGCAGAUUUAGAAGUCGAUGAGUUGCCAACAACAACAAUAAAAUCGCCAGCUUCGAAAAGGCUGCAGCACCACAUGCUACCGAAAGCGACUAGCAAGUAUGACUCGAAAGAAGAAUAUGAUGAGGAAGCUGAUUACAUGGAAGAAGGAGAUGAUUACGAUGAAAGUACGGAAAAACCAAGCUCAACAGUUGUUAAACAACCAAAUGUAAAUACGAGGCAAAUAGUGACGCAAUCUGAUCGAAAUCAAAGGCAGCAUAUCGUUCUGGAUCCACUGGAAGAUCUGGAUAUUACGGUGCAUCAAAGUAAAGGGGAUUUUCCUAGAGAGGGUACUGUUAUUCAACCUGGACAGACUAUACCAGGCAGUCAAGGAUACAAAGUACCUAUGGGCUUUAGAGGUACAGUAAAAUCGAUAGCCAAUGGUCCUAAUACGUACGCUAUUGGUAAGAAUUCCCAAGCGCAAAGUGUCACAUUAUCUCCCGGUACUGGAAAGAUCAUAUAUAAAAAACCCUUUUAUGCUGUUACAUCACACACCCACUCGAAUAGUGGACAAUAUGGAUAUGGAUCUGGGUAUACAUAUCAACCAGCUUACUCGCCAAUUCGUUACCAGCUAAAGAGCGGAAAAAUCAUGCCUAACUUCGUAUCGAUGACCAAAUCUGAAACGGGAUCGAGGAAUUUGUAUACGGGGAAGAAAACGCCCAGUGUGUAUUACACGCAAUCGUCUACGUGCGGAAUUUUUACUAACCAGUGCGUUUUUAAUGCGGGAAGAAAGUUGUGCUUUCCCAAAGCCAAGACGAAUCCUGAUGGGACUAUUAUGGGGUGUUAAACGUAUUAUCAAUUAGGUUAAGUUAUUAAUACAGAUAAUUGUAAAUAAAUGUAAUUC